CCUACGACAUCAAACAAUCGCCACGCCGCUUUUCCCAGCACAGCUCUACAAAUUCCACCCACGCAGCUCCUGCCACAUACUUUGCCUUCAUAACAAUAGCCCAGUGGCGGCACACCCCCGUCACAUGUGCCGCUUCGAGCUGCUCGGCCUCUUCAUCCUUAGCUGCCAGCACAUCCACAAGCUGCUCCGCGCCCGAUUCUCCCGCAAACCCCAUCUCACACCCGAACCAUGCUCCACGAAGUCCUCCUGUCCCUCUCUGGACACCCCUCCCCCCUCCUACGAACCGAUCUUUCCCCCGAUGCAAGCGCCCUUGCCGGCAUAUCGCCCCCCGAGCGACAACUGCUAGCAUCUGCAGCCCAUCUAAGCGAUAUUCACAUAAAACUGAUCAAGCAUACCGCGAGAAUCGCCAAUGCACACCCCUCUGCCAUUUGCCGGGCAGUGGCCACAGCCAUCAAGUCGACACAUCUGGCUGCGUUCCAGCGCAAGGUUCUCGAAGUCGAAGAGAGUAUACUACAAGAGAACCCCGAUCUAGUCGGGGCAUAUAAUAUUGUACCACUGACGGCCGUCAUGGGAGAGUUUAAGCAGUGGACGCGGCGAAUGGACUGGCUUUGGGAGGUGGUCCAGUACAUGUCAUCCAACUCGGCGCCAGGUGGCGUGCUCUGCGCCGGCGCGACGAUAAUGGAGCGUUUGCGUAUAGAAUUGCAGAGUGGUUAUAAGGAUGUGAAAGAUACAGCUCUUACACUUGUUACGGCUGGCGAAAUGACAUGGUUGCGGCAAGUAUCUGCCUGGAUUCUGUACGGAAAGCUCCCCGUGGUCGGCGGAGAAGACUUUUUCAUUCAAAGCACAAAUGAUGAACAGGAAUAUGCCAUUAUCCCCCGUUUACUACCGUCGUUUACUACCUCUGCAACAGCCUCGUCCAUCCUCUUCAUCGGCAAAUCAAUCAACCAGAUCCGCGGACGAGCCGACAUCAAAACAUCCUUUGGCGAAAUAGAGAGCAUUAGUAGCAACCUCCACGAAAUCAGCCAACUCACAUCACCAGUCAGCACAGCAAGCCUCGCCAAAACGAUAGCCAGCGUCCGCAAAUCACUAUCCGAAAAGACACUACAAGCUAUUCUACCAGCUAAAAAGGUCGUCGACAUGAUGCAGCUGCUCCGCGGCUUCUUUCUUCUCGGAAGAGGUGAAUUCGCCAUGGCUUUGUCUCAGCAAGCCGACGAGACGAUGCGCAAGCGAUCACAACGCACCAAUGAGUUCCCAAUGAGCAGCGGCGUCGUGCGCGACGGCGAGGUAUCCUCCACUCUUACACGCGCAUGGGCAUCUCUUGUCUCUAUGCAGCGCCAACAGUCCGAUGAAGACAGUGAAAUGGAUGUAGCUCGCCAGCUUCUCCAGCUCCGUCUCAUCAAAUCCGAACCAACACCACCAAUUACCGGUAUCGGUCUUAGCGAAGAAGCAGCAGCAGUGCUGGCCACGCUGCCUUUUAGCAGGGACCUGUUCAACCAGCCUGCCACGCUAUCCAUCCAGCUCCCCUCUCCCAUUGACAUGGUCAUCUCACUCUCCGAUCUCCACCUCUACUCGUGCAUCAACUCGUAUCUUGUCUCGCUGCGCCGAGCGCAUAUCCGCCUCGCUGAGCUCUGGAAACUCACCUCUCUCCGUCGGCAUCAUCCCGCACCCAAAGGCGCCGGAGACUACUCUUACGAGCUGCGCGAGCGAUGGUCCUACCGCGCCGAUGCUCUCCGGAGUACCUGGUCGACAGCCAGCGCAGCCAUGUUCUUCCUCGGCGAGACAGAAGCAUACUUUCAGCUCGAAAUCGUCGAAGGGCUCUGGCAGAGCUUCCGCACAUGGCUAGGCGGCGACGACAAGCCCAAGAAGAAGCCAUCAUCGCGGCCCAGCACGCGAUCCUCAGAGCUUCCUUUCCGCCCUGCAUCUCGCCACAGCACAGCGCAACUCGACGAUGUAGAAAUGGGCGACUCUGAACCUGCUCCCUCACAGACCACCGUGACCCCUUCGCACGACCAACAAACCCUGUCUAAUGGUCACACUCUCUACCUCCGCACUCUAUGCCACCGUCUUCUCCUCACACAACCCGUCUUUAUCAACCAUUUACACUCCCUCAUUGGCCAGAUCAAUCUCCUAGUCGACCACGUCCGCAGCCUCCACGAAGUCUUUAUCGCAGCUGACCUCGAGACCGACGCAGGUGUAGUAGACUCAUCCACGGACCGCGAGGCCCUAGAGGCCAAUAUCCUCAGCAAUAUCCGCACUGUCGAGCGCAACAUUAAGCAUCUCACACGCGUGGUCAUUGAGACGCUCGAAGCGCUGUCCAAUGACGCAGAGUUUCUUGCAGAAUGGGAGGGCGAGCAUCUCGUGCGUCAGGAAGAAGACGAUCUGAGCCCUGGCGAGCCGUAUCGACCUGUCCGAUUAGGUGGCGUGGAUCGAUUACUGAUGAAGCUAGACUUUGGUAGCUGGUUUGGUAGACAGCCUGAACCAGAGCCACGCGAUGGCUAUGAUGAUGAGGAAAUGUAAAACAUACACGCACACAAGAAGCAUAUACUUAAUGAUACUUUGAUAGAACAUGAAUGAUGAUGAAUAUAGCCUUAGUCUACUCGUUUACAUGUACAGGACAAAUCACGGAUAAGGAGGUCAACAUUCGUUAAUACCAAGCGUCAUGUAAUAUUAUUAGUCUAGUCCAUGGCGGCUCAAGACCGUGGUGUAAAAAAAAGGGAAGAAAUGCUCCGCAAUGCAGCGUCGUUCUAAAACACAAGAAAGGAGAAAGAGAGAAACACAACGGGUAAUGCGAAGAGGAACAAGAGUAUACUCAAAAGCCAGCCAUAAACAUCAUGUCGACCACACAGCCUUGUCGCACACACUGCUUCCAUCCGCGCCGUACUGCGAUAUCCACACAUUCAGCCGCGGCGACUCGUCUGUCGACAUCGACACCGGCAUCUGAUCCCGUAUCCAGCUCCACUAGGACUGGCUGUUCCAUCCAACCCAGCUGCGCGGUACUACGCGCCAAAUCUUGACCUCGCCGCUGCGCAAGUCAUCUAGCUUGAAGCUCUCCUGCUUGACCUUUUUAUUCUCGCGACCCUGUUCCCAGACGCGGACCUUCUUCUUCGUGCCGUCCCAUUCAGCUACAAUGCCUACGUGGUCAGGCUUGCCAACCUCCGCUGUGUACUUGGCGUGCAUCGCGCCGUGCUUUCCUUGGAAUUUGGCAUUGCGCACCGAGAUGAUAUCGCCAGGGCGGAUCACGUCGUUUUGCUGAGUCGAGGCGUUGGCCAUGUUGGCGUAGACGAGCGCACCAAACGCACGUGUACCAAUGGGGGCCAGAGCGCCGUUCAAGGGCUUCAGCAGCUCUAGGACGAGACCCAUCGGUGUGCCGUCAGCAACAAUAGAAUCCUUCUUGGAGGUGGCAGCUUCGGAGAGCUGACGGCCGAAUCGGUCAUAGAAUUCCUCCAUUUCGUCCUGGCGCAGAGGUCGUGGUGGCGGUUCGUGAUGUUGGUCUACCUCGACAUCGUUGGGGUCAUAAGGGUCGUAGUGCACUUUCAGGAUUGUUUGAGAGUAGUCCUGGUACAGGACAAAGAUGUCGCGAGUUACCUGCGUCUUGGAUCCUUGGUUUGUUGUGGUGGACUCCUCUGAUUCGAAAAAUAUGUCGCGGCGGCCCUGGAGAGCCGGAGGUAGCUGGUUGGACUGCUUCCACCAGCCGCUGUGCAGAGCCAAGUCAAUAUCAUUGGCUAUGAACCCAGAGUCGGCUGGUGGGCGGUGGGCAUCUACAGAGCGGCGAGUUGUGUUUGAGCGUGCAACCUCACCAGACUGUCUCGGGGCGCCUCUAGCUCCUGAUACAAUUGUCGAUGACCGGCGGGGCUCUGAUGGGCCGAGAGAAGGACUGGGACCAGGGAAGUAUCCCUCUUCUCCAAUAGUGGGCGUUUGACUGGCAAACAUUGCUGGGCUCUGGGGCACAGGGGGGGCAGCAGCAGCAGGAGGCUCCUCCACAGUAGGAGGACCAGGAGGAGGAGGAGGCGGGGCCGCACGAGGGAGCUCAACUGAUGCCUGUCUCGGCGGAGCUGCAGCUUGAGGGCGAGGCGGAGGAGCUGCACGGGGCGGCGAGGUUGGAGGUAGAGGCGGUGGCAUUGCUGCGGGCUGUUCGAUCGCGGGUGAUUGGAGCGUCGUAUCGUCGGCAUCUGAUUCUCCUGCGUGAGCCUUGAGAGCAUCUUUGUGGGGAACAGACGAGGCAAUAUCAGUAUCGUAGUCACCCUCAUAUUCUUCCUCCUCUUCCUCGUCAGGUGCGCCAGGUGGUGGAGGGGGUGGUGGUCUGCUAGAAGCCGGAGGAGGCGGAGGAGGGGCAGCAGCCCCAGGGAUUGGGGGUGGAGGUCGGCUGUUUCUCUUAGAGGCUCCGUCAUCUUGACGGGGAGAUAGAGGAGGCGACUUCAUAGGCAUAGUAGGAGAGUGAGGAGGCAGGGGAGGAGAUCUAGUAGCGGCAGACACGCGACGCUCCAGCGCCUCACCAGAGAGCUCGUCAUCGGAUUGAGAUCCUUCUGUGGUGGACUUGAUGGCAGAACCAGGAACUGGCGGAGGAGGAGCUGGUCGGGCGGAAGGGAUUGGAGGAGGAGCACCCGUAGUUCCAGUGACCACUGGUGUAAGCGCCUCUUCUUCUUCAACCUCGUCGUCCUCGGCAUCCUUUGUACUGCGAGAGGGAACUGGGGGCACUGGUGGAACUGCUCUGGGGGCAUCUCGGCUAGCCGGCUCGUCAUCUUCAUCGUCUUCGUCUUCGGCGGCGCCAGUAGGCGGUCGUGGGGGAGCACCCAUUCCAGGAAGAGCCAUUGCCAUAGGUGUAGGAACUGGUGGGGCGGCUCUAGUUACUGGUUCUGGUUCGUCUUGCUCUUCCACAACUGGGGCUCGCUCUGUCUUGGGAGUUUUCUUCUUCGGAACUGGAGCUACGGGAGGGAUCGCUCCGAACAUGCCAUGCAUACCCAUGCCACCACUCAUUUUGGCCAUGCGAGCGCGGAGCUCUUCCUUUCUUCGCACUUCGGGAUCAACAUCGUCUUCUUCUACUUCCUCCUCCUCUUCUUCCUCCUCUGCACCUUGUUCGUCGUCCUCUUCAGCCUCCUGUUCGGCUUCGGCGGGAGGUGCAGCAGGUGGUGCCGCUGGAGGCGGAGGUCUAGAUUGUCGCUGUGAAAUCGCGGAUGAGCCGGUUGUUACUCUAGCCAAGGGCUUCUGGGCUUCUUCUUGCUCUUCUCUUUCCGACACGUCAUCCUGGCCUUCGGUUGUGUCACCAGCGCCAGACAUGUCAGCCUCGUUACCGUCAUGAACGGGUUCGGCGAUGUCUCGGGCCGCCUUUGGUCGAGGUGGAGGCGCGGAUCUAGUAGGCAAUGCCUCGUCUAGAGAUGCGCGACCGAUGGUGCUACCAGUAGUUGUGCGUUGCAAAGGUGAACCUUCCGAAGCUUGGCCAGCUGCCUCUUCAUCGGCGGUGGGGACAGCAGGGACUGGAGGAGCUUCGGCUCGCUUCUUGACGGGUGGUUUCUUGGGCUUCUUGGCCGCGGCUUCGGCAUGUCGAGCAGCUUGUUCUUGCUGCUGCUUUUGCAAGAGAGCAAUGCGCUCCUUUAAGCUGGUUGGCUUGGGCUGGUCGUCGUCUUCCUCGGCAGCACCUUGGUUACCAGCUUCAGUCGGCACAAGACCAGCCUUCUCUGCCUGCGCCAAGUUCUCAUCCUCUUGCUUUCUGAUUUCCGGAUCUUCCUCGCGACGGUAAAUCUUAGGAGCUGGCUUUUCCUUGACGACGGGAACGUAGGCGUCUCUGCUUGGUGGAGGAGGCACAAAUGGCUUCUUGACAAAGCUAUCUGUUCCGGUCAAUCGACCAGGUUUGAAAGGCGCCACGGGGGCAGCAUCGGGUCGAUUGAAAGCAGCAAUUCGAUCCUUGAAGGAGUUGCUAGUAGGCUUCUCUGGAGCAGGUGGCGGGGCAGCAGCCUUCGGCUUAGCCCCAGCAGGGGCGGGUGUGGGUGUAGGGACAACCUUUGGCGAUGUUGACUGAGGAGGAGGAGGGACAGCUCUGGUAGCUACUGGUACGGGUGCGGGCUCCUCCGCUUCUGGCUCUUCCUCUUCAUCUUCCUCCUCUGGCUCUGGCUCAGCAGCUUCUUCGGGUUCGGGAACAGGUUCGGGUUCGGCGGCCGGAGGCGGGGGAGGCUUAGAGACGGCCUUGGGGACUGGAGCCGGCUCUUGUUCAGGUUCUUGCUGAGGGACAUCGGAUUUUCUGUUUCGAGCGCGGGAUGGUCGAGGAGGGGCGGCGGGCUCGUACUUUUCGACAAAGUUUCUGGGGAAGAUGCCUUCGUGCUUGACGCCGUCGUCGUCUAGAUACUCACCGCCGUACCAGUCAUCAUCAUCCUGUUCGGUAACGGCGAUAAUUUGGUCGACGGGAAAGCUGAGGUCAUCCUCGUGAGGGGAAGUGUAUUCAAAGAGGGCCUUGACCCUGAAUAAGGUAGGCAUGGCUGGGAGACCCGAGCUUGAGGGAGGCGAUAGCAGAGAGACUAUCACC